CAAAUAUAAAAGCAGCAUAUUUCCUUAAAAGUAUACAGUUUUCUAAUAGGAACGCAACAGAACGGAUUCAAGAACUUAAAAAUGCAGCAACGUGUCGACAAAAUUUUGUGUCUCAUUUUUGCAGUCUCUUUUUUCUUUCUACAAGUUAAUGGAAAUUGUAAUGAAUGUCAAGAAAAUAACAUAGCCUGUAUUGAUGAAACCCAUUUUCACAUAUGUGCCGGUGGUCAAAUAGAUAAAAGGUUUACUUUUAUUUGUCCUGACAAUGGAAUUUGUACAGGGUAUGGACUAAAGUGCAUGCCAGCUAAUAGCGGUAUAACUCCGUCAUGCACGCCUGAUUCCGGUUGCGCUAUAUGUUCUCCCACAAACAUGUUUACCUGCAUAAGUCGUACACAAUUCGCACAAUGCAGUGGAUCAGAAAUAACCGCUAAUGUUGGAGUUUGUCCUGACGGCUUCACGUGUGACACUACUUCAAGCGCAAUUUGCAUUAACGAUUGUAAUAAACCUGCUUCUUUAUCUUGUGAUCGGGACCCAAUAACGCUCUAAAAUUAUCGAUAGAGCUUAUUUUUCCAGCAUCAAUUUAGUUAAGUUGCACUGCUUACAAAAGUGAUUUGUUUUUGUUAAUAUAUAUGUAAUAUGGCGGAAAUAAACGAUUAUUUGGGCUA